ACUCCUCUCUCAAAUCUCCUUUGAAACCCUAUAUAAAGAGGAAACUUGUAGGCUGCCACUUCCCUACGCUUUUAUUAUUAAACCCUAAUUUUACAAUUUUCAUCAAAUUACUCUCUCUCUCUCUCUCUCUCUCUCAUCCUGUUCUAUAUUGUUCUAUUGGUUGCAGGUAGCGUGCCUUCUGUGGAAUUUCAAAGUUGUAGUGGUCUAAGUGAAACUUCUUUUAUGUCCGAACAAGCCAUCUUCUAUUUGGGAUCCAUUGGAUUGCUUGGAGAAUAUUGUCCUUGGUCAAGAAAAAAGAACCGCCAUUUCUCUGGUCAGGUUGACUGUAUGCAUCUCAUACCAUUAAAGGAAGAACGCUUCGACUUUUCUGGUUGUUGGAAGGCACAACCUUCUCCUGACGCAAUUUGCAUUUGUGCUGCUGAAGAAUACUCUCAACGUUUGUAACACUUCAUCUGGAAAUUUGUCACUGUAUCAAAGAUGGCUUUGCAGAAUAUAGGCGCUGGCAACAGUGAUGAUGCCUUCUACAGGUAUAAGAUGCCCAGGAUGAUUACCAAGAUAGAGGGCCGUGGGAAUGGCAUCAAGACAAAUGUGGUGAACAUGGUUGAUAUUGCCAAAGCAUUAGCAAGGCCCCCAUCCUAUACAACAAAAUUUUUUGGAAAUGAGCUUGGGGCUCAGUCGAAAUUUGAUGAGAAAACUGGAACUGCCCUUGUCAAUGGAGCUCAUGAAACUCCCAAACUUGCUGGUCUUCUUGAGAACUUUAUUAAGAAAUAUGUUCAGUGCUAUGGUUGUGGCAACCCUGAAACAGAGGUCUUAAUAACCAAAAAUCAGAUGAUCCAACUAAAAUGUGCUGCAUGUGGUUUCAUUUCUAAUGUGGACAUGAGGGACAAGCUGACAACAUUUAUACUUAAGAACCCGCCUGAGGCGAAGAAGGGCUCCAAGGACAAGAAAGCUAUGAGAAGAGCUGAGAAGGAGCGGCUGAAGGAAGGUGAGGCUGCUGAUGAAGAGCUGAAGAAGCUGAAGAAAGAAACAAAGAAAAAGGUUUCCUCUAAAGAUGCUAGCACAAAAACUAGCUCUAAAAAGAAACAUGGUGGUUCUGAUGAGGAGCAUGCCUCACCACCUAGGAGCCAUGUUAAUGUGAAAGAAGAGGAUGAGGAAGACGAUGAUGAUGACAUCCAGUGGCAGACUGAUACAUCGCUUGAAGCUGCUCAGCAGCGUAUACAAGAACAGCUAAAUGCUGCGACUGCUGAAAUGGUUAUGCUGUCCACAGUUGAGUCAGAGAAGAAGAAGUCAAAGGCAGCUACUCAAUCCCUAAGUCCUAAAGCUGCUACUCCUGUGACACCUGAGAAUUCCAAGACCGAGAAUGGAGAGACAAACCAUGAGAGACUCGUUAGGGAAGUGAAAGCAAAUCUAAAGAAGGGAGUUACUUCCAGCAAAUUACAAUCCUUUUUGGGUUCACUCUCUGGGUCUCCUCAGGAAGUUAUUACUGCUUUGUACGAGGCACUCUUGGAUGGCGUUGAAAAGGGAUUUGCCAAGGAGGUUCUUAAGAAGAAAAGCUACCUUGCUGCUGUUGCUCAAGACGAGGAGUCUCAACUACGAUUGCUUAGAGCUAUAGAAGCUUUUUGUGGGAAGUCUAACUCAGUUGCACUGAAGGAAGUGGCUCUGGUUUUGAAAGCUUUGUAUGAUGCGGAUUUGUUGGAAGAGGAAUAUAUAGUACAGUGGUACAACAAGGGUGUUGCUGCGAACAAGGACUCGAAAAUUUGGAAGAAUGUCAAACCAUUUGUUGAAUGGCUACAAAGUGCUGAGUCGGAGUCCGAGGAGGAAUAAGUUCAGAAGUGUUUCCCCCUCUUCAGAUUGCUGUCUGGUUUGCUUUGCCUGAGAUACUGCCAUAUUGGAAAUUCAUAUGUUAUUUUAUGAUGUUUGUGUUGUAUGUCUGUUUGUCUUUGGUGUGGGCUCGUAUUAAGUUCCUUUUGCUAGACUCGUCGCCUUUAAAUGUCUUUACUUGAAUAAAACUUCCCUUAUUUAUCGCAUUUGGUGCUGACUUGUAUUCAAACCUUGUCUUGCGGUUAACUUGUAAAAGUUUUUUCCCAAUGCUUGAACUGAAUUUCAUCUAGGCCUGUGACCCUCUUUCUAUUAA